AUGCUCAGUGUGCAUGAUGUCAAUUGGAACUCAAAAUCAACUCGUGUUCUAGAUUUUGCGUGCGGCACCGGUCUCAUCACACGCAAUUUACAAGAUCACGUGUCGAAAAUUCUUGGUGUUGAUAUUUCGGAAAAAAUGAUAGAAAUAUAUAAUAAAAAAUUCGAAAACAACGAUAAUAUCCAUGGAAUAUGCACAGAUAUCCUUUCAUCCGAUUUCAAUGAUGAAAUAUCGACCGACUUCGAUGUCAUUGUCAUCGCAAAUGCAUUGCAUCAUCUUGGUGAUCCAAAGGGUGUGCUGUUGAAACUUUCGUCAUAUUUAAAACCUGGUGGACAUGUUAUUGUUCUUGACUUUUUUAAUUGUAAAGAAACGCAUGAAGGACGAAGUCAACUUUUUCCAAAACACGCUGAUCACGCAUCGUGUAUGGCCAGUCAUAUACAUGGAUUCACACCAGAGCAAUUUGAAGAUAUGUUCAAGAGUAUUGGCUUGAGUGAAGUGGUUACUGAUACUAGUUCGUGGCAAUAUGAAUUUGAGAAAGACGGUGAAAAGUUUUAUAUGAAAUACAUUCUCGGGCAUGGCAAAAAGUAA